AUGUACAUCAAAAGCGUUGUGAUCCAAGGAUUCAAAACAUACAAAAAUACUACUGUAGUAGAAGAUCUUUCGCCGCAUUUCAAUGUUGUGAUAGGUGGCAAUGGGUCCGGCAAAUCGAACUUCUUUGCCGCCGUGAGAUUUGUGCUGAGCGAUGAUUUCAGCAACUUGAGAAGAGAAGAAAGACAGGGUCUCAUUCACCAAGGAACAGGCUCAGUAAUGAGUGCAUACGUUGAGAUUGUUUUCCACGAUCCAAAUGGCCAAAUGAUGGUGACAACAGGCAUACCGAUCACGGAGGAAAAGCUAGUUCGCGUCAGAAGAACUAUCGGUUUGAAAAAGGAUGAGUACUCGGUAAACGGAAAAACCUGUCAUAAGAGUGAUAUCACGCGAAUGUUCGAAAGUGUCGGUUUCUCUUCGUCCAACCCAUAUAAUAUAGUUCCACAGGGUCGCAUUGUGGCAGUGACUAACGCCAAGGACAAAGAACGCCUGGCGCUACUGGAAGAGGUAGUUGGUGCCAAGUCUUUUGAGAUCAAACUGAGAGAAUCAACCAAAAAAAUGGAGGCUACAAAUAGAGAUCGCGCCAAGAUCGAUGCGGAACUAGAUGAAUUAAGAACAAGACUGGAAGAAUUAGAUGAAGAGCGUCAAGAGCUGGAAAAAUAUCAAGAGCUUGAACGUGAUAAACGCAUAUUCCAAUUUGUUCUUUACGAUCGAGAGUUGAAUGAAGUAACGAGCGAAAUCGAAAAUCUUGAAGACGAAUAUAAUCAAAUUGUGCAGUCCUCGGAAGAUUUCAUUCAAGAGCUGUCCAAACGCGAGAGUCUUAUCGCCAACGUCACCAAAAAUGUGGAAACUAUUGACGCUGAGCUCAAAGUCAAAGAAGGCACCGAUUUGCCGCAAGAAAAGUCGCGUCUGUCAGAGGUAUCGAAAAAGAAAGCGGAUCUGGAAGUACGCUUCGAAGAGAUUAAGCGACAAAUCGAAUCUCAUCGUGGACAAACUGAAAACAACGCUAGGAACAUGAAAAUAGUGGAAGAAGAAAUCUCGAAGGCUCACUCACAGCUGGAUCGUUUGAAACCUAGACAUGAUCAACUUCGUGAUGAAGCUAAAAAAUACGAGAAUGAGAUGUCAGAUCUGAAUAGAAGACAGAGGGAUAUUACCUCGAAAAGAGGUAUAUACGCUCGAUUCGAUAACAGACAAGAGCGGGAUGAGUGGCUUAAGGAAGAGCUUAAAUCCCUCGAUAUACAACUCACAGAAACCCGGUCUCAGCUUUCGACACUUAUCGAAGAAAAGGAACAGCUCGAAGCCGAACACGUAAAAAUUGAAGAAGAGAUCACAGAGCUGCACGACCAUGUGCGAGGCCCUGGCGUAAUCGCAGAACUCGAAGAUCUUGCAACACAGAACAUCGAAACGAAGCGGCAAUACCUUGAGAAAAUCGACGCGCGUAAAGAGUUGUGGAGAUCCGAGCAAAAGCUACAAACAGUUUCAGAAGCUCUUGGAGAUGCUGUAAGAAGAGCCGAGAGGUCUUUAUCAGAAACCAUGGACCGCGGUUUGGCAAAUGGACUCUCUGCAGUUAAAGAAAUCACGGAACGUCUCAAACUCCCCAAUGAUUCUGUCUACGGACCUUUAGGGGAAUUGAUUAAGGUCAACGAAAAGUACAAAGUUUGUGCUGAGGCUGUUGGCGGCAAUUCGCUACUGCACGUCGUGGUUGACACUGACGAAACUGCUAGUAUUUUAAUGCAAGAGCUCCAUCGUACGAAAGCGGGCAGGGUGACGUUCAUGCCACUCAACAGGCUGACAACAAGCGCAGUUAAUUCUUACCCUGAUGCGUCCGUGGUGGAGUGUACACCUUUGAUUGGGAAGAUCAAAUACGAUAAAAGGUUUGAACCUGCAGUCAAACACAUAUAUGGAAGGACAUUGGUCGUCCGCGAUCUUGCGGCCACGACCAAGUUGGCCAGAGACUACAAUCUUGAUGCAGUAACUCUCGAUGGAGACCGCGCCAAUAACAAAGGUCUGAUCACAGGUGGCUAUCGAGACUAUCGAAACAAGAUGAAAAUUGAUGCUCUCAAAGACAUAAAAACCGUCAAACUUCAACUAGCUGAAACUUCUAAAGGUCUUCAGAAUGUGAAAGAACAUAUUGCUAGCGCUGAUGUUGAGAUAGAUCAAUUAAACAGCGCUCUGAAGAAUCAGUCUGUCAAAAAGGAAGCCAUACUCACUAACAUCGAGUUAAUGAAGGUCAAGCUCAACCAGCGCUCCGCGGAGGUUGCUUUUAAGAAAGAGCUUCUGGACAAUGUAGUUGUGAAAAUUGAUAACAGUAAGGCUUCAAUUGAAUUGGCGGAAGACAAGCUCACGCGCUUCCGACAGGACCUGCAGAAGCCCUUCGAAAAAAAUUUGUCACCGGAAGAGGAGGAGACUUUGCAAUCGCUGGCUCGGCAAAUGAAAAGCCUAGCAGAUCCACUGAGUGCUACAAGAGAGGCGCUCGACGACAUAACCACGAGAAUAGAGUUGCUCAAAGCGGAAUUGAAGCUCAAACUUUAUGCGCAGAAGAGAGAGCUCGCGGACAGAAUAUCGUCUGCCGAAAAGGCCAACCAAUUCGCUCGGGAUGACGAGGUACACGUCUUCGAGAAGAAACUGGAGAGUUUGAAUUCGAGAGAGCAACAGCUAUCAACCUCCAUCGCUACUCUUCUAGAGGAAAUUGUAAAGCUUAAUGACGAAAGAGCGGACAAUGAGAGGAUACAAGAAAAAGCGAAUGCACAGCAACGAGUUCUUUUGAAAAAGCUCGACGGCUUCCAGAAAACAGCAGAGAAAUCUGUUGUGAAAAAGAGUAGUCUUGUAAGUCGACGUGACGAAGUUCAGCAAAAAAUCAGCGAACUAGGCUUGCUUUCAGAAGACUCCUUGGAAAAAUUUCAAAACUUGCCAAGUGAAGACACUCUCCGGCAAUUGAAUGCGGUAAAUGACAAAAUAGCGAAGAUGAGCAACAUUAAUCGUCGCGCCAUCGAGAACUUUCGAAAAUUUAAUGAGAAGCGGCAAGAGAUGGAGAGCAGAGCACAAGAACUAACAGAGUCUAGGCAAUCUAUCGAAAAAUUGAUCGAGUCUCUAAAGAAACAAAAGGUAGAGGCUGUUGACGUCACUUUUAAAAAGGUCUCUCAUAAUUUCAGCACCAUUUUCGAAAAACUAGUACCGAACGGGACAGGAAAACUGAUUAUUCAUCGAAGCGCAAAUGAGAACAGUACUUUGAGCACUUCGGAGGAACUUCCUAUCAGCACGGUAUAUACCGGUGUUUCAAUCUCUGUUUCUUUCAACUCAAAAAACAAUGAGCAACUAUAUGUGGAGCAGUUGUCAGGAGGGCAGAAGACGGUUUGCGCUAUAGCCUUGAUCCUGGCUAUUCAAGUCGUUGACCCCGCCCCAUUUUAUUUAUUUGAUGAGAUCGACGCGGCUUUGGACAAGCAAUACAGGACAUCAGUCGCUAGCGUUAUAAAAGAGCUUUCUGUUCAUGCCCAAUUUAUUUGCACAACCUUUAGAACAGACAUGCUACAGCUUGCAAACUCAUUCUACAGAGUAAAGUUUGACAACAAGAUAUCUGAGAUACAGGAGGUUACGCAGCAAGAUGCGAUGAAGUUUAUCAAAAGGAGAAGCAAGAUGGGCGACCUAUAA